CAUUUUCAUUUUGCAAACUCAAAAAAACGACGACGGAAAAGAAAAAGACAUUUCUUUUUGUCGGUUAAAAUAAAUCUCCUUCCUGGAUGAUGUGAGUGUUUCAACAUUUAUAUUCACAGUGUUUGCUUUUUCUAGUUAAAUUGAUUGGACCCCGCAAGAAAGCUACUUUAAACGGUGAUAGAAUAUUUAAUAAAAGCAAGAAACUUCAAAAUUAGACAAAAUGGAGGAUGAGAAUGAAUAUAAGAAAUUGCCGACUGAAGAGAAAUGUGUGCACAAACUUUGGAAGGCCCGUGUCGCAGGCUACGAGGAGGCCAUUAAGCUCUUCAACCAGAUUGAUGAUGAGAAAUCUCCAGAGUGGAACAAGUAUCUGGGACUUAUCAAGAAAUUUGUCACAGACAGCAAUGCUAUGGCCCAGGAAAAAGGUUUGGAAGCAGCACUGGUGUUUGUCGAGAACUGCGGCAACGCUGGUAAAACUGUGGGAGAAGUGAUGUCUGGGAUCGUGGCGAAGUGCAUUGCCGCUCCCAAGACUAAGACGAAAGAUCUGGCAUUGCAAGUUACACUAAUGUACAUAGAGAUAGAGAAACACGAGAUUGUGGAAGACGAGCUGCUCAAGGGCAUGGAACAGAAGAACCCCAAAGUGGUAGCGGCAUGUACAGCGGCCCUCAACUCUGCUUUGAAACAGUUUGGCAACAAAGUCAUCACGAUCAAACCCAUGGUCAAGAAGAUACCGGUGUUGCUUGCGGACAGAGAUAAGACUGUGAGGGAUGAGAUGAAGGCUCUCGUUAUUGAAAUGCACAGAUGGAUCGGCGCAGCCAUAGAGCCGCACAUAGCUUCCCUGCAGGCCGUGGUACAGCAAGAACUGCGGGAGUCUUUCCAGGGCGCGGGCGGAGGCGCCCAGCCCGCCAGGUACCUCCGUUCUCAGCAGCACCGCGGCCGGAACCCUAACGUCGCCGCGAACAGUACUGACGCUGCCGACGAUGACGACGCGGACACAGCAGGGGGCGACUCCGCCGACUUGGAUCCAUUCGAUCUCCUGAGUCCCGUGGAAAUCCUGUCCAGGAUCCCCAAAGACUUCUACGAAAAGUUGGAGGCUAAAAAAUGGCAGGAGAGGAAAGAAGCUUUGGACGCCCUCGAAGCUAUAUUGAAGACCGCCCCGAGAUUGGAACCUGGGGAUUAUGCGGAUCUCGUCAGGGCUUUGAAAAAGAUUAUAUCAAAAGACACUAAUGUGAUGAUAGUCGCACUGGGAGGACGGUUGCUCGGUAUGAUCGCGAGCGGUUUGCGAGGGAAAUUCACUCCAUACGCCGUCGCCUGCGUCCAAGCUAUUUUGGAGAAAUUCAAGGAGAAAAAGACGAAUGUAGUGGCCGCAUUGCGGGAAGCUAUUGAUGCGAUAUAUCCUAGUACAAACCUGGAAGCUAUAAUGGAGGACAUGUUAGCCGCGUUUGACAACAAAAACCCGCAAAUAAAAUCAGAAAGUGCUCUUUUCUUGGCGAGAGCAUUGUGCGUCACGCAACCGGCCGCUUUCAACAAGAAACUAAUAAAAGCUUACGUGGCAGGCUUGUUGAAACUAUUGGAGAGCGCUGAUCCUGUGGUACGAGACGCGGCCGCAGAAGCAUUGGGCACGGCCACCAAACUGGUUGGCGAGAAGAACAUCGCGCCGCACAUCGGGAAACUCGACAACCUGAAAGAGCAGAAGAUCAAGGAGUUUGCUGAUAAGGCGGAGAUCAAGGUGAAAGUAUCAGCGGCCAAGAAAGAACCGAAGCCCAAAGCGGUCGCCGGGCGCGGGGACUCCAAGCCGGCCGGCUCCACGCAAGCAAAGCCCGUCAAGCGCCCCGCCUCUGGAGCUCCAAAGAAACCAGCAGUGGCAAAGAAAGCCAGCGCUGGUAGAGCCCAACCCAGCCCUCCGAGGGAACAGGAACUCUCUCCAGAGGAAGUUGAUGCCAGAGCGGAGACAUUGUUGGCGGUGGAUGUGCUGAACGGUCUCGGAGACGGCAACUGGAAGAACCGCCUGUCAGCCGUCCAAAGCUUCCACUCGACCGUGCAAGGUCUGUCUACGAGCGACGCCACGGCGCAGGUGCUGUAUCGCAUCCUCAACAAGAAGCCUGGCCUCAAAGACACCAAUGUUCAGGUCAUGAAGGCUAGGCUCGAGGCGUGCAAGUACAUUACUGAGAACUUCCCUAUUUCAACUGUGGCAGCAGACUUCGUCUUACAAGACGUGUUGACAAAGCUGGGCGAGGCGUCGUGCGCGGCCGUCGCCGCCGAGUGCCUCACGGCGCUGGCCGCCGCCUGCGGGCUCGAGCACGUCGCCAACGAGGGCCUGGGGUUCGCCAUGGACUCGCAGAAGAACCCCAAAGUCCAAUCUGAGAUGUUUAACUGGAUGGCCGUGGCGGUUAAAGAGUUUGGUUUCACUAUGAAAGUGACGGCCAUAAUCGCGCACUCCAAAAAGGCUUUAUCUGCGACGAAUCCUAACGUGAGAACUUCCUGUGUCAACUUCCUCGGGAUAUUGUCUCUAUAUGUGGGCCCGUCGUUGAUCAACCACUUUGACAGCGAGAAACCGGCGACCAAGCAACUGAUCAGUUUGGAAAUAGACAAACACGCCAACAGUUCCCCGCCUACGCCUACCAGGCAGCCGGCGGGUUCUGGAGUUAGUAAGUCUGCGAGCAAAGGUUCAUUGGGCGACGAUAUCGACGAAGUGUACGAAGACGCCCCUGAGGAGGAGCCGGUGCCCGCGGAUGACGUUCGGACGAGGACCGACAUCGCGCCCCUCAUCACCGAGGCCUUGGUGGCCGAGAUCAACGACAAGAACUGGAAGGUUCGCAACGAAGCCCUGGAAAAAGUGAAAGCCAUAAUAACUUCUUCAUCACCGAUCAAGCCGUCUCUUGGCGAGUUGCCAGCGGCGUUGACAGCGCGCCUUUUAGACUCCAACUCGAAACUAGCACAAACAGCGCUACAGAUAUGUGAGGCAUUGGCUGUUGCUAUGGGAAGCAAAUGCAAGCAACAUGUUAGGACGUUCUUCCCUUCGUUUUUCCAAGCAUUGGGCGACAGCAAGCAGUGGAUCCGCGCGGCCGCCGUGUCGUGCCUGGCGGCGUGGUGCGCGCGCGCGGGCGGCGCGGCGCCGCUGGAGGGCGAGCUGCUGCUGGACGCGCUGCGCGCCGGCUCGCCGCUGCUGCGCGCCGCGCUGCUGCAGUGGCUGGCCGACCACCUGCCCGACGUGCCCCCAAAAUCUUUCCCCCGCGAAGAGCUGGCAGUAUGCGUUCCAUUGCUGUUCUCGUGUAUAGAAGACCGAGCGGCUGACGUUAGAAAAGCGGCAGCGGACUGCGUGCUACCAUUCAUGCUGCAUCUGGGAUAUGAAAGCAUGCACAAGCAACUCGACAAGAUCAAGCCUGCGUCCAAAACCGUAAUCCAAGCGGCCUUAGACAAGGCACGCCCCAAUUUGCCAGUUCAGCCUUUACCGGCCAAAAGCAAGAAGGAGGAGACGAAAGGCGUCAAAACCGGAGGCGCUCUCAAGAAGGAGGCCGAAAAGAAGGCGGUACCUGUCAAAGGAAAAGGCCUAGUCAAGCCUUCGUCCGCAUCAAGCCGCGGCAAGAAAGACGACGAAGACUGUACGCCAUUGUUGCCCAACAACAACGCUAAAAAUCAGCGCAUAAUCGACGAUCAGAAGCUCAAAGUACUGAAAUGGAACUUCACGACCCCACGCGAGGAAUUCUUCGAGCUUCUAAAAGAACAGAUGUCUACUGCUGGGCUCAACAAGCAGUUGGUCGCCAAUAUGUUCCACAACGACUUUAGGUACCACCUAAAAGCAAUCGAGGCCCUCUCUGAAGACCUGAACGAGAAUGGAUCAGCACUGAUGGCUAAUCUAGACCUGGUGCUCAAAUGGUUAACCCUGCGGUUCUUCGACACCAACCCCUCAGUGAUCUUGAAGGGUUUGGAGUACCUUUCCGUGGUUUUCCAGUACCUAAUCGAUGCUGAUUAUACAAUGGCCGAGUAUGAGGCGAACUGCUUUAUACCAUAUUUGGUGCUAAAGGUGGGAGAUCCGAAAGACACAGUGCGUAAUGGCGUGAAGGCGUUGUUCAAACAGAUCUGUGUCGUGUACUCUGUGACCAAACUGUUUGGAUAUCUGAUGGAGGGACUCAAAUCCAAGAAUGCGAGGCAGAGGACCGAAUGCCUAGAAUGCAUCGGUCACCUGUUAGAAACUUACGGCGCUAGUGUGAUGUCCCCCGGCGGCGGUUCCCUCAAGGAACUGGCGCGCCACAUAGGGGACAGGGACAACGCCGUGCGGUCUGCCGCCCUCAACUGUGUGGCCAGCGCCUACUUCCUGGAGGGGGAGAAGGUGUACAAGAUGAUCGGCCAGAUCUCCGACAAAGACCUAUCUUUGCUAGAAGAGCGAAUCAAGCGAGCCGGAAAGUCUCGCAGCGCCGAAGUUCGCAGAUCUAUGGUGGUGCCUCUGUCCGCUUCGGGGAGACCUAUAUUGCAACAACAAGACGAGGAGCCUCCUCGCCGCAUCAUUUCGGUAGAAGCUUCGCCGGCUGACUACGAGGAAGAAGAGGAAGAGGAAAUGGCACCGCCGCCUCCUAACCCCGCGCCACCGGAACCCAAAACGAUAUCGGGUCCCUUCGGUCUGGACCCGGAGCUGAUAGCGCAGUUGGACGCCGCGGUGCCAGUGCUGCGCCGCCCGGAUCUGCCCGAGUUGGACCUCAAGUUCCUGGACGAGCCCAUACCAGCUGCGGGCAGGCCGCAUAAUGCACAUCCUAUUCAACCUGCGGUUAGACAGAGUAUGGUCCCGAUGUCCCCGCCGCGGCUGCCCUCACACGCGCUGGCGCCGCACGCCGCGCCGCAGCCCAGUGUGGACGACUCGCAGCUAGCCGAUACUAUACACUCCAUCGCCAGCCCCGACCUCAACGCGGCGAUCCGCGCGCUGUCGCUGAUCUCGGGCGCGCUGGUGGCGGGGCGCGGCGCGGCGCUGGCGGCGCACGAGGCGCGGCUGGUGGCGGCCGUGGCGGCGCAGGUGCGGCGCCUGCGCACCGGGCCCCUGCCGCCGCACGACGCGCUGCCCGCCUACAAGUACCUCGCCACCGCGCUCACUACGUUCUACGAGACGGCCGGCUGCGGAUCCCAAGUGGGCGAAGCUGCGCUGUGCUCCCUGCUGGGCGAGCUGCUGCGCGUGCUGGGCGGCGGCGCCAGCGCCGUGGGCUCGGGGCCCGACGGGGAGCGGCUGGUGCGCAUCCUCAACAACGUGUGCGUGCGCGUGCUCGAGCACUCCCCCAGGAGCGGCCUGCUCUGCGCCAUUGUGUCACUCCUACACGAAUCGAUAGGCGUUUCGGAUCCCGCCUACCCUCGCUACCAAGAUCUGCUCCUCAAAUGCUUUUGGAAGACGUUAAAGAUGAUUUCGUCGUGGGAGGUGGACUCCAUAGACUACGACGCGGUGCUGUACAAGAUACAUGUGUUUUACAAGGCCUACCCGAACAGCUAUUGGAAGAAGAAUCCGGACAUUAGCGAUACGCCAUAUAGAACGGUAAAAACGUUAGUACACACUCUAGUCAAAAUGAAGGGCUCCUCGAUAACGAAUCAUCUGACGCAGAUCCCGGAUGUCAACGAGUCGGACCUCUAUCCUUAUCUACUCAAAGUAUUGAAGCAACUAAAACUAGAUGAGAAAAAAGAGAACACGACAGACGCACUGAACGGCAGCUCCAUGGUUCCCGGCAUCGGUAUAGGCGCUGCACUGAGCGGCAACGUCGCGUUAUCCGCUGGUCGGUUACCUCGAGGCGUUCAUGAAGAAUUGGCACAUAUACUGAAGAGUAUCGGCACUAAGGAUCAUAAUAGAGAUGCUUUGGCUCAGUUAUACGACUUGAGGGAAAGGCACCCAGAAGUGGACAUCUGGACGUUCAUGCAAGGGUCCUCGUUCUACUUCAGGAACUAUGUGGAACGAGGGCUGAGAGAAGUGGCCGAGCAAAGGAAACUAGCUUCAAUGCCCAUAUACAAACACGAUUACAAGUCGGAGAAUAUUGAUAUAAGUAACGAGAAUGAUGAGAAGUCACACGUCAUUUUCUUGGAGAGACUUAGAGCUUUACAGGCUAAAGCCGGUCUGAAGACAGAAUCGUCGUCACAACCACGGACGCCCGUCAGUGACAACAGAGCGCUAGCGGACUCCAUUAACGAGAACACAUUGCCGCGGACGCAUAGUAUCGACCCACAGUUAGAGCUCCACACAUCCCAGCCCGCCUCGCAAAAGAACGAAGCGGCGGUGGACGCGCUACGCCUCAAACUGCAACAGAUCAAGAGCUCUUCUAAGAGAUAAAGCCCCCAUCACACUACCGGAUAAAGUAGCUCUCUCACUUACCCAUGACUACGGUCACACCCACGGGAAUACACAGAUUUAUAUAGUUUACACCUAGCUUUUCUUACAAAAUCGCCACAGGCGCGUAUUUACCGAAGAGGGAUGUGAUAAUAAAAAUUGAACUUCAGAAAAUGAAGUUAUUAAGUCAAUAUUUAAUACUUCAAAAGAUGAAGUUAUUAAGUAAUAAUUACUGUUUAUGAUGUGCUCCGAGUGUUAAAAUGCUUGCUGGCAAGCGAAAACAUAAUCUAGGUAAGUACGCGCCUCUGUAAAUUACAUCACAACAGUUUAAAAUCGAGUGAUUUUUUGGCGGAUAGAAUCUCAAAAAAUUACUCUUAAGAAAUUGCCUUGUCGAAAUUCACCAGCCAUUAUCAUUAAUCUCUAAACUGUUAGUGUUGAAUUCCCAAUUGGUUUCAUGGCCUAAAUGUGUGUCUUCUAUACUUCAGUAACGUCCAUUGUUGUAAGACCCUCACCACGAUACGCGAUUGUGACAAUACCGCUGUAAAAUAUUGCAUAAGACAGGGUAAAAACGCUUUUGUAACUACGAUCUUUGUCGCGUGGUAGGGGGUGGUGUGAUUUAUUAUUAAAUUUUUUCUUUCUUGCACUAUUCGUGUGUGAAAAACCUUUAGGUCUCGAUUAAGGAGUUGUUAACUGUUAGUAUUGUUAAAAUUACAGUUUCUUAACCCAAUGUAAAGGAGGAACCCAGUUGUCUAUGUUAACAUAGAACUAAGAUGAGAAAUUAAAUUAUUUUACUUGCCAUAAGUCAUUGAUUACAACAAAUAGAACUAUACGUGUUGAAAAAUCCAUGGAUUCUACGAAAAAAAAUGUGUGAAUACUUCAGAUGUCUUUGAACAACCAACAAAAUAUCUCUAAAGUUACGAGUUAAAAGUAAUUUGGCAUGUGUACAAGUAAGGACAAAUUCUUUAUGUUGCUUUAUUAUCAUGUUAGCCUAUUUACUAGGAGGCUAUUUACUAACCCACGCACUUGUAUAAGUAUAGUCUGACUUGGCCAAUGUGUUUACAUUAUUUGAUAUAAUCAUGAAAAAUCUUUAAAUAGAUUCAGGGAGUAAAUUUGAUUUUGUACACACAUAAUGGUAUGAAAAUCAUAAUGCAAUACUGAGACCUACUUGCGUAUUCCCAGUAUAAGAGAUAAAUGCUUGUAAAUCUCGAUCAAUUGGCAACCAUACCCCAUGCAUCAGAACAAAAAUAAAAAGAAAUCAUUUUCAGUCUCCCAAUAUACUUUUAUGUUAAGUGUUUGAAUGAGCGACAAAAAGGCAGUCUAGUGUAUCUAUUUCACAUAUUCUUCUUCAUAAGAAAGUUGUGCAAUCGCUAUUUAGUGCCAGUGAUAUGUUAGUAAAUUUUUUUUCAUUCAGUGAUAUAAAAAUAUUAUCAACGUGUAAUCAACAUAUGUUAUCGCAGUAAUAUGUUAAAACUGGUUAGAACAGGUAGUGAGAGUUUUUGAUCCUAGUUUUUUACGAGACAAUAUUGUUUUCAUCGCGCAUGAAAACUAUGAUUGUCUGAAGCCAAGGGCACUGUUAACGGGUAUUUGAAGUUUGGUUUUGAUGAGUUUUAAGACUGUUAUAGUGUUUGCGACAUUGAGCAAUACUCAUUUGUCUUACUAAUUGUUUGUAAUUGACAUUAAUUUACGUUUGUGUUUGUAUUGAGUUUUUUGGUGCAAGUGGUCAUCCAGUAGGUUUGUUAGAAAACUUUAUAAGCUGCGAUGAGGCCAUAUUUUAACAUGUUAUACUUAUAUAAUAAUAAUAUGAAUCGAAACAUUCCCCAACAGUAUUGGUUUUCAAUGUACAAAUUUUCUACCAUAUCUCAUUCAUUGUAUGAAAUCGCCAUCAUUUCUAAUUGGUUAUACUUUUAUGAACUACACCUUUUUUUUAUUUAGUAUUUAUUUGGCUCAUAAAGGUUUCUGUUUACGUCAAUUUCAUGCGCAUGUCUCGCUGAGGCGAUAGUUUCAUUGUACCGACUUACAUACAAAUGUGGAGUUGUGGGAAUGCGCAUUAUGUUGAAGUUCUUUUCAUUUGAAGACGCUUUUCUUUAAAUAAAAUUGUAUGCGCUCGAGACGAUCGUUUAUAAUUUUUUGACGAGAAUUUGUCAAACCAUAGACAUAUAUUUAUGAGAAAUAGAGCUAUGGUGUUUCUGAAAUCCUAAAUAAUCUUUUUACCUUUAAUUUAUAUCAAAUGUUUCUCAUUAGAUUAGUUGCUAUUUCACUCUAGUAUAAAGUUUUGCUUUUUACUUGUAAUUUGACAUGUUAUUAUUAUUGCGAGCAUUUAUUUAUUUUGUGUAAAUUAAUAUUAUAAAUCAUGAUGUAAUAAUAAAUAAAGUUCAUA